CGUCCUCACUGCAGCGAUGAAAGCGCUGGAAUAAAUCAAGACAAGCCCGUGGAUGUGCUAUAAAAACCGUGCAUUUGAGCUGAGCGCUAACCCUGUGAACAGACAGCUCGGUGAGUUCGCAUCUCUCAGGUAGUUUAGUCGAAGAAAAGAAGCUAUCUCUGAGAAAGGUGAAUCCUGAAGACGACUGAGGGGGAUUGUCGGUCGGCCCACUGCGGUGUGAAUCACUGGAGACUCGCCCCACCGCUGGUUGAUCAACGACGUCGUUUGAGCAUCGACGUGCACAUCCUCACGAGGGCAGAAAGCAACGGGAAGGGACGGGAACCGAGCCCGUGGUCGAUCCUCUGCCGCAGCCCCGAGGUGCGCUGCUUGGCAGAGCAUGCUAAAUAAUGAGCCAAAGGGACACUCUGGUUCAUUUGUUCGCUGGAGGAUGUGGUGGCACAGUGGGCGCUAUUUUGACUUGUCCUCUUGAAGUUGUGAAGACCAGACUGCAGUCCUCUUCCAUUAGUCUGUACAUCUCUGAAGUCCAGCUCAGCACCGUCAAUGGAGCCAGUGUAGCCCGCGUCGCUCCACCAGGACCCCUACACUGUCUCAAGUUGAUUUUAGAGAGAGAGGGACCCCGCUCGCUCUUCAGAGGACUUGGACCUAACCUUGUGGGUGUAGCACCUUCCAGGGCGAUCUACUUUGCAGCCUAUUCGACAGCCAAGGAGAAGCUGAAUGGAGUGUUUGAGCCAGAUUCGACCCAGGUGCACAUGGUGUCUGCUGGGAUGGCAGGGUUCACCGCCAUCACAGCCACCAACCCCAUCUGGCUGAUCAAGACCCGCCUGCAGCUGGAAACCAGGAAAAGGGGUGAGCGGCGAAUGAAUGCAUUUGAGUGCAUACAGCGGGUGUACCAGAUGGAUGGCCUUCGAGGUUUCUACAGGGGCAUGUCCGCCUCAUACGCUGGUAUCUCUGAGACCGUCAUCCACUUUGUCAUCUAUGAGAGCAUCAAACGAAAACUGAUGGAGGCCAAAGCCCAUGCCAGCAUGGACGAGGACGAGGAAUCUGUCAAAGACGCUUCGGACUUUGUGGGCAUGAUGCUCGCAGCAGCCACCUCUAAGACCUGUGCCACCUCCCUCGCCUACCCUCAUGAAGUGAUUCGUACACGGCUACGAGAAGAAGGCAGCAAGUAUCGCUCCUUUUUCCAAACUUUGCUGGCAGUCCCCAGGGAGGAGGGAUACGGGGCGCUGUACCGCGGCCUCACCACCCAUCUCGUCAGACAGAUCCCCAACACGGCCAUCAUGAUGUGCACCUAUGAGGUGGUGGUCUACCUGCUGGGCCGUUAGGUCUGUCCCUCUCCUGUUUGAUAAAGAAAGACUUUCAGCAGAUGACUGAGAAGGAGUUCCUUUUGAUGACAAAGAUUGGGGACAAUUAUCCAAAUGAAGACCAAAGGAAAACCGAAGAAACUCAAGGGGACCAGAAGAAAAGAGGACGCCACUGGUCAUUACCAUUUUAGCAUCAUCACCUCCAGCUCCCUUUAUCAGAUUGCUGUAGCAGGUGGAGGGCGCUGCAGUUUACAGGAGAGAUGAGAAAGAAGGCACUGACAGGAGAGACACAGAAAGUUGGGACAGUGAAGACAGAAAUUUUGAGCACAAUUCAGUGGCCUUAUCAGAGAGAUUUAAGUUGCAUCCUUUUUUAACAGAGGUUGAAAAGUUGCCUUUUUCACUCAGAUGUAGAUGAUGAUUUGAAAGGGGAAUGCUUGGAGAUCGCUUAAUUAGGGAAGAAAUAAAAAUAUAUAGGUCAAUUUUGUUAAUCCAAGUACCUCUAGGUCACACUGUUGGAUGAGUUAAUGAAGGCUGAAGAAUGUUUUAAAGUAGAAUGUCUGUAGGAAGUUUGAAUUGCAAUCUAAGACAUCAACAUGUUUCAUUUGAACCCUCAAUCUUUGCACUGCAGAAGUAUCUUCAAGCAUUCCCCUCUAAACACUGCAGUUAACCCUCUGGAUGGCCAGAAGUUCACGCAGCUUUGAGCUGGCUGUCCAAACACACAAAAAGACAAAACUGAGGUAAAAACAAGCCACAUAAACUACCUAACAAGUUGAUGGGCCGACUUGUAUUCAGUGUUUUAACCGUCUAAAACCCUAUGCCUGGCUGUGACUUGCUUUAGCUGAAGUUGGCCUUCAGUGUUAGCAGUUGCUCUCAUAAACAAGGCCAGCGUUUGCCUGCUAGUCACUGCUCAGGACUUCAAAGUUUUUUGUGAAAACAUUAGACCAACAUGUUUUUUUUUUUGUUUGUUUUUUUUUGAGAUGUGAAGGGUGUGAUUGUCCAAAAAGGUACCAAGAAUAAGUAUCUUCUUUUGGAGUGCCACUACUUGAAUAUAAUGUGAUGCAGUGGGAGGAUGCUGAUGGAAUUUCAUCAUCGGCUCAUAACCUUUUUUUUUUUUUUUUUUUUUUUUUGCGUGUGUGUGAGAGUGUAUGUCAAACAUGUUGAUCUCUUUAACUGUGAUGGCCAAUGUCCAGGAAUGUUUGCUUUUGUGUGUCUGCAGUCAUGUGAUCCUACAUGUAUAAUUCAUAUCUACUCCAGAUUUCCCUCCGCUAACGAUGAAUCUUUAAAGAGGCUGCGGUUUGUGAGUGUGGAAAAGCUCCCUGCAGCUUUCAUUCCUCACUCUCUUGACUGUCCUUUUCUUCCAGUGGCUUCCAUCGACCUGAUAACAUGCACUUUUGUGGCCUUUUUGGGGCUUGUGCUUUGCAUUUUACUGUGUGGACAGUUUGAACUUGUAAAUUGUAAAAGAAAAACAAAAGUAUUACUGUAUAUCAAAAUGGUAUUUUGCGCAAACUGUUCAUAAAGCUGAUAUAUUGUACAGUUUAGAGUUCUCUGUAGUCCUGAAGGAUGUCUGUGUGUGUAAAUAAUAUAGAUACUGUGUAUGCAUAUCGCUUCUUUUUUUGGUUUGUUGUUUUUUUUAGGCCCAUUUAUCAUCAUGCUGUAGUUUGCGUCUGCAAUUUUUCCUUUUUGUGCAAUUUGACAUCAUUUUGACAUGACUGUUGACAUGACGUUUUUGUUUUGAUCCAGUAUAACUUGGUAUGUGUGUGUGUGUGUGUGUGUGCAUUUUUUUUGUAUGUUGCUAUAAGCUGUCAUGCAGUCAUUUGUGCAUUCAUGAAAGCUUUCAAAUGCUGCAGGACAAAUUUAUUUUGCCUUGGAGCAUUUGUAAGUCAUAUUAUGGCUUUGUGAAGUUUGAAUGUUUUUGUCAUUACUAUUGUUUACAUUGGUUCUCAAAAUAUCAAAUGAAAGUAUUUUUAAUGUGAGUUCAAGAACUGGAAUCAUCUUUCUACAACACUUUUGCAAGCUAGACAGCAAGCUGGGUCUGUUUAAAUUUAAAUAAUUGAGCAUUUGCUAACUGAUCUGUUACCGAGGAGGGUUGUUUUAAAGAAGUAGUUCCGCUUUGUUGCAGUUUUCAAAUUUUCAUAAAAGAUGCAUAUUAAUUUUGGAAAAACUUAAACAUGUGCAACUUUGCAUCCAGGCACCUUAUUUUAUUUUCCAUUUGACUAGUAAUGCAGCAUGUAACACUGAAUAGUCUGUGUAACAAAAGUGGCCCUUAUUCUGCAUACUCAGACCCAGCUACUGUCAUGUCUCACAUGGGGAUAGAAAAGAGAUUUUUCACAGUUUCACUGUUUAAAACAGUUUAUUAUUUCACUGAUUAAGAUAUUUCUGGUGGGUUCAAGUGCGAUGAUGUUCUUAAACACUCAUUUUUCCCCUUGUUGCAUUUAAAAGGCACAUUAAGCCUUGUGUUGUAUCUUUUUAAUGGUUAUUGAUCUACAUUACUAGCACUGAUUUGCUGUUGGUGCUUCAAAAGAAUUAGCUGACUCAAUUUAACGUCCGUGUAUAACACUAAUAGCUUUGUGUCUUUGCCUUCAUUUUAGUUACCCUUGAGGUUGAAAUAACAAAAAGUGACAUCAUCAGACAACUGGACAAAACAGUACAAACUUGAUCCACUACCUUUUAUUUCAGUGUCUGUAUGCAAUUCAGCAUUUGAACCUGUAAGCUUGGGUUGGAUGCAGCCUCAAGCAGGGAGAAUGAAACCUGGGAGAUUGUUUGAUUGCCAGCUCAAUUGUCUGUAUUUUUUUGUUUUUUUUUUUAAACAAAGUUAAUAAAAAUCUACU